GCGGAGGGCGUUUUCACGUGCAAAGCGCAUCGGAUUGGGCAGUUUCGCGAACUGAGCGAACACCCUCUGGGAGUCUCUGGUAGUCUCUGGUCAGACUCGCAAUCCCCCGGAAAAAGUCCCGCUAUGGAGGCCGAUAAACCUUCUGGCCCCAUCGCCACUGUCCCAGACUCACCGGCUUCCUCGAAUCCGAAUAAACUGCCCGCUUCCUCUUCCUAUCUGGCAACCACCGUCGGGAGCACGACUGCUCCUCCACCUCUACACCCACUACAACUACAAGCCCUACAUAAUGCCCAUUCCGCCGUGAUGGAUCUCGAUACUACUACCGCAGACGAUCGUUCUCGUCGUGCUACCAGCGUGAUUUCUAUGGAUGACCUCGAGGCUGCCCAAGCCCUCGAAGGUCUUCGCUCUGAUUUUGGUCAAUCCCCACGAGUAUCGCGCCAGACAUUGCCAGCAGCAUCGCCAGACCCACCACAACCAGAGCCGCUCUUAUCGCUACUCACUUCUUCCCACCCGCUCAUCUCCUCCGCCAUCAACGGCUCCGUUUCCGCUUAUACUACCUCCAAAUCAUACUCGGCGCGUUUCAAGUCCGGAGCCGAGUUCAUCGAGCGCAACAUUGGUUCGCCAGUCGCAAAUACAGUUGGAACCGUUGGUCGCAAGACGGGCGUUGAGAGUGGUCUACGCUGGGCAUUGCAAAGGCGAGAAUCUGGGUCCGAAGCGAAGCCUGCCAGCAAACGUCGCAAGGUAAGCGGCGAGGCCGGAUCGCAAAAAGUGGACGAGGAGAAGGGACCGGAGAACGAGAUGACACCGGCGCGCACUCGUAGUUCGUCGGAUCUUUCCAUGGCGGAGACGCUACCGCCAUAUGAUGAGAUGCGAUCGCCCCGCUACGAGGAGAAACCCGGCCGACAGACCCCGCCGACAUGGCAAAGUCGACUAGUUAUCUCAACGUCGGGGUUGGGAGUUGCCAUGAGCGAGGAGUCGCUGCGCAGCUUACAGUACUGUUUGACCUGGCUUCGCUGGGCGAAUGGACGUCUUGGACGAGCCAUUGUCGCUCUCCAGAAUGCUAUGACGGAGUGGGAGAACCACAAGCAGCAAUCGCAGACUGAUCUUGAAAGUGGGGAUCGAGCAGAGAGCGCUUCUCUAUUGACCCAGCGCAUCCAAGCUGUCAAGGCAGACGUCCUCUCCACGUUGAAGCAGGUCGUCGACGUUGUGUCAAAGUACGCUGGGGGUGCUCUGCCAGAAAAUGCCCGACACCUCGUCCGACGACACCUCACAUCUCUUCCCCACCGAUUCCAGAUGGCAAGCACAUCUCAGCCACCUCCCGACUCUCCCGCUGCCUCCUCGGAUGCGACCGUCGGUGCCCACCGCAUCUUAGUUCUCGCCAACGAAGGCCUGGAUAUUUUGGGCCAGGUCAGCGGUGUGGUGAACGACACCCUCGUCAGUGCUGAGCACUGGUGUGAGCGCCUCGGACGCAAGCGUCCCGAAAACACAGCCGCACCGGAUGCGGAUAAACAAAACGAGCUGCCUUCCCCGCCAGAUACCCAGAUGUACAGUGCGGACAUCAAGCAGCGCAUCGUUCCAGAGUCAGCAUCCCGGGAGGAUGUGCAGAUGACUGGAACGGAGAAGACGUGAUCUGGAUUUGAAAUUGACGAGGGUGAAGUACCUCAUACUUUCAUUACUAUUUGUCGCAUGGCUUCUUCUUCUGGCUUUUCAUCACGUUCCUGACUCUACGGUUUCUUUGAUGUUUCUUAUGAUUGAUAUCCCUUACCUGUUCCUUACCACUCUUUCCAUUAGCCUUUCGGUCAGAGACUCGACACUUGAUACACUGUAGUCUCUUUUCUCUCCUUAUAUAUCGUGAUAUCUCCGUGUCUCUAUAUCUCUGUGUAUCUGGUCUAUUUUGCAAAUUAGCUUGAUUGUGGGGUGCUUAGGGUGAUUUGAAUUGUUCAGUCUACUCCCAGUCUAGGUUGAAUCCACGAUUCCUGCCUUCCAGAUGGCGUUUGUCCGGUCUACAGCUUC